AUGGGUGCCGGCGGAGUUGUGCUGCGCUUUUUCAGUCUGGCCAUUCGGGUCCUGCAGUUCCUCGCCUCGGCCGUGAUUCUGGCGAUCUUUUCAUACUAUCUGGCUGUGCUCUCGCGCCAUGAUCUGGUCAUCCCCACCUGGACCAAGGCCGUCGAGGGUCUGUCCGGGGCGGCAGCGCUAUACAGUCUGCUUGGCGCCAUCUUCGUAUGCUGCCUUGGAGGCGUGGCCUUCUUUGCCUUUUUGGCGAUUGUGCUCGAUGUCUGCUUCAUCGGGGUGAUGAUCGCCAUCGCCGUCUUGACCCGACGAGGGACGCAGAGUUGCACGGGCUUCGUUCGAACUCCUCUGGGCGAUGGAGAUGCCACCAACCGUGCCGACACCCCGGCGGGAACCAGUUUCCGGACCUCCUGUAAUCUGCAGAAGGCUGCCUUUGCGGUCUCGAUUAUUGGAAUCGCGAGAAGCGCUUCGGUCCCUCGCCUGCCAACAACUACACACUACGGCACGAGCCGCAAAUGGUGGAGUCGCAAGAAGACCUACCCGGAAGCCUCUGGUGGCAUCGACACCCUGCCCGCACACCCCACCCCCACAGACGUGGAGUUCGGCACGGAAAAGCAACCGGUCCAGAAGAAGCGCUUCGGCCUCUUUGGCAGAAAAAAGGAACCUGUUCCUGUCGCCGAUACCAACCCGGCUGCAGGCCAGAAUGGUUAUGGCUACGGCGGUUCCGCCUAUACGGGUAACAUGUAA